CAAAUGUAUGUGCAUGUGUAUGUACUAUAAAUAUUGAAAUGUAUGUAUUCACGCGCUUGCCUUGCUGACUUACCCGAUUUACGUGCCCAGAAUUCACCAACGGAAUUUCAAAAUGUAUUUAGUUGUUUAUUGGUAGUUGGACUUCGUGUUUGGCUUCUUGAAUUAACGCCACCCGCCCUUCGUGUGCGAAGUAUAGCUUGCAUUGAAGAGGUCAUAUGCUUGCUAAAAUCAAAAAAUAAAAACAAAAACCAAAACAAAAAAAUUUUAGAGCAAUUUUAAGUACAAUCCGCAACACCUCUCUAGCUUUGGAGCUGGUUGCGGAAGAGCGUGCUGCCGCAAUGUAAAUAUUCAAAUUUUUGGAAAUCGUCUUCUUCUCUUUUUUGAGAGCUACGGUCUCGUCGCGCGCGCUUCAUUUGGAAUUUUUUGAAGUAUAAAAAGCGUCGCGAUUUUUGAAAAAGUAUGUCAGUUUUGUUUUAAUCAACCGACAGUGAGAAUCUAAUCAGCUUAAGCACACAAUGAGUCCAUUCGUUUUUGCCGCUGUUCUAUCUACCUUGGCGCUCUCUGCCAACGCUGGUAUCAUUGCCGCACCUGCGCCUUUGGCGUACGCUGCUGCCCCAGCACCUCUGGCCUACGCCGCUGCUCCAGCUGCCUACGCCGCUGCACCAGCUGCCUACGCUUCUGGUCCCAUCUAUGCUCGUUACGCCGCCCCGGCUCCACUGGUUGCCGCCGCUCCAGCUCCAUUUGCCGCUGCCUCACCCAUUGUGAAUCCAGUCGUUGCCAGAACUUUCGCCGCCGCUCCAGCACCCCUCCUUGCCCCAAGAGCUUUGGCUGCACCAAUUGCCGCUCCAUUUGCCGCCCCAGCACCCGUUGUUGCUGCUCCAGCGCCUGUAGUUGCCGCUAGAGCUUUGGCCGCACCAGUUGCUGUCGCCUCCGACAUUGUUGACCCACACCCACAAUACACCUACGCUUACAAUGUACAAGAUGCUUUGACCGGUGACUCCAAGACCCAAGAGGAGACCCGCGAUGGUGACAUCGUUCGUGGCUCAUACUCGCUCAUCGAACCGGACGGUUCCCGUCGUAUUGUCAACUACUACGCUGAUCCCAUCAACGGUUUCAACGCUGUCGUCCAAAAGGAUGUGCCAGUCGCCGCUGUUGCUCCCGUGGUCGCCGCCAAGGCUCUUGCUGCCCCAGUUGUGGCCGCUCCAGCACCCAUCGUUGCCGCCAAGACUCUUGCCGCUCCAAUUGUUGUCUAAACAAAAGGAACUGCUUGGAAAAUUGACCAUUGACCGAUAGAUAACCAACGUACCGACACACUCUUGUCCAAAAUGUCAGCUAUUAGUUGAGUUGCUUGCCUUGCCGGAUAACUUGGGAGCGCUGUGCGCGCCAACUAUUAGGUAGAACAAUGCAAUUCAACGAGGGACAUCCAUUUGUAAAUAAACUAGAAAAAAACUCAUUGUCUUUGUUGAAAACUUUCAUCGUUAAUAAAAAAAACUGUUAAAACAAAAAA